AGAAAACACACACACACACACACACGCGCGCGCGCGCAAGGAGGGCACUGCACCACUUCCAGACACUCCUGAGAGAUUUUAUCCUGAAAAACUCCUCGUGAUGUUGAAAUGAAGAUUCAUGCGAAAAUUGUCUCCUACUUCGAAUCCUGCGACUCACCUGUGGACAAAGAGGGCUUCCUGUAUAAGAAGGGUGAGAUCAAGACUUCCUAUCACAAGCGCUGGUUCGUGCUGAAGGGAAACCUCCUCUUCUACAAGGAGAAGCGGACUGACCGGGACGUGAUUGGGGUGAUUGUUCUGGAGGGCUGCACGGUCCAGCUGUGCGAGUCCGACGAGCAGUUCGCCUUCUCGCUGGUGUGGGGCGAGCCGGGACUGCGGACGUACAAGUUGGCGGCGGAGGACCAGGCCAGUCAGGAGAGCUGGAUCAAAGCCCUGCUGUCGGCCAACCACUCCUACCUGGCCCUGCUGGUGAAGGACAUGGAGAAGCAGUACAGAGAUGCAUUGAGUGCUUUUUCCGGUGAGCCAAGCAGAACAUCCACCUUGCCGAAUUUCAGCAGAGCAGAAGCGAUCUACCCGGGAUCCGCGUUCGGCACGCGCACUUCAACCCUGCCGGCGUUUCCCAACGCCGCCGUGGCAGCGGGACCCGCCCCCGGCCCCAGUCUGAUGCCCCCGCCGAGGAGCGUUUCGGGAAAGGCGGCGAGCAAGAAAUCCCCCAAACUGUGGCCCAAGAAGAGCGCCAACGUAGUGCCCGUUAACGCUCCCGCUCUGCAGGCGGGGGAGUGGUCGGCGCUCUGCUUCGACAAGGAGGAUUUCAGUAAGCUGCACGAAGAUUUUGGAAAGGACAUAAAGGAACUGAUCGCCGACUGGUCGAAGAGAGGACAGGCGGUUGGAAUUGUUCAAGAAGAAAACUUAAUAGAUUUUGGCUAAGAUGGGAUUUAAGUAUAGAAAGCUUUUAGUCUUUAAAGAUAAAAUGUUUUACAUUUUAGUGUACAUUUGUGUACAUAUGAAUUGGGACACUUUUUAGAUAAUAUAUUUGCUUACUGUUUAGGGUUUUU